AAAGUCCACAACACGGCAUAGCUGCUGUACUUCCGACGAUUUUGUUCAACUGAUUGCUUUUAAAUUAAUCCAAAUACCGAAUGUGAUGGCACGACGUUUGUCCGACUACACAUUUUAUUGAACCAACAGCCAGUAGCACAGUUCACACACCAGUCAUGGAGAUCUGGCAAAGGGUACAGAUUAAACUGUACUCCACUUGUUUGUUUUUCUUGGCUUUAGAUUCCGUCACAUCGGGUUCCGAAGUGGAGAAUCAUUUGGAAAUGGGACGUAAUUUCCUAGCUCGAGGCCAACUACAAGACGCUCUGUCUCAUUACCACGCUGCUGUUGAGGGUGAUCCUGAAAAUUAUUUAACGUAUUUUAAAAGAGGAACAGUGUAUUUAGCGUUGGGAAAAGCGAAAUUUGCGUUACUAGAUUUUGGAAAAGUUCUUGAACUGAAGCCGGACUUCAAAUCCGCUCGAUUUCAACGUGGAGUUGUGUAUAUGAAACAAGCAUCUUUUGAAGAAGCCAAGAAAGAUCUAUACCAUGUAUACAUUGGUAAUGACGAUUUUUCCGCGGAAGCAAAUGAACUGUAUUCGAAAUUAGAUGGUCUUGCGUAUGAUGUGGAUUUGGCUGUAUACUAUCAAGACCAAAACGACCACCAGAGCGCAAUACAAAUCUAUGACCGUAUAAUAGAACAUUGUCCUUGGGCGCCAUUUUUGCGAGAGAGACGUUCACAGGCGCAUAUGAAAAACGGUAAUAUUCAACACGCAAUAAUGGAUCUGCGGACUGCUACGAAGCUUCAGUCUGAUGAUACUGCCGGUUAUUACAAGCUAUCCAAAUUACAUUACAGUAUAGGACAAGUAACAGAAUCACUUAAAGAAAUUAGAGAAUGUUUAAAACUAGAUCCCGAUCACAAAGCGUGUCACGCUCAUUAUAAAAUUGUUAAGAAAAUAGAUAGAUUUUUAACAGAUAGUUUGUCCGCUUUUAAUAUUAAAGACUAUUCUAGUUGUAUUCAGUUUGCCAAAAAAGUGUUGGACUUGGAGAAACAAGAAGACUAUGUAAGGUACAUAGCCAAUGAAAAACUAUGUCAGUGCUACCAACAAACAGAUGAACUUUCUCAGGCAUUGAAGUACUGUAGUGACGCUUUAGAAAUAAGUCAGACGCCAGACCUUUAUUGCGACCGAGCCGAUGCGUACAUAGUGAAUUCAAUGUUCGAAGAAGCCAUCAGAGAUUUUGAGCACGCACUCCAUAUUGAUCAAGAACACAGACGAGCGAACGAAGGAUUAAAAAAGGCUAAGAAACUUCAAAAACAAGCUGAGCGUAAAGAUUAUUAUAAAAUAUUGAACGUGAAAAGAACUGCAACCAAACAAGAAAUUGUUAAGGCAUACAGAAAAGCUGCACAACAGUGGCAUCCGGAUAACUUCCAAGGCGAGGCAAAAAAGAAUGCCGAGAAGAGAUUUAUUGAAAUAGCUGCGGCCAAAGAAGUACUAACGGAUCCUGAAAAACGAGAACAGUUUGAUCGAGGUAUUGAUCCUCUGGACCCGGAGUCGGGGCGUCAUGAAGGCCACAAUCCGUUCCAACAGUUCCACCAGUUUCACGGAAGUCCAUUCACUUUUAAGUUUAAUUUUAACUAAUUCGUAUGACGCACUCGUGUAUGGUGCCAUAAACGAUUUGGUUUUCGUCCUAUUAUCCAGGUCACAAAAAGGCUGUGCGUGCUAGAAUGUAAAUACAUUAAUGUAAAAGUAAUCAACAUUAAACAUCAAUAUUGUACAUAGAUAUGAUUAGAUUAAUUAUUAUUGUAACAAGGUAACUAAGCUUCAUUUGACCAACAAAGGCAGACACAAAUUUCAUGUAUAAUAUCUUCCGUUUCUACUGUUUAAAAAAAAAACCUAACUAGGUAAUCGUACUUCCCAAAUAUGUUUAUGAUAAUCGUUUCAUUUUUUGGGCUAACUUUGUUUAUUUAUUUAUAAUUGUUUGCCUAUCAUAUUUUGUAAUUAUAAUAUGCAAUUUGUAUACUAUCUGUCUGGCAAACACAUACACAAAAAAAAUUAAUUAUUUUACUGUUUUUUUAUUAAGAUAAUUCAAAUUUUAAUACUGUGCCACACUAAUAAUUUGUUAAUAUUGUUACGGUGAAUUAUGUCAUAACCAGCAACAACUUAAAGUUUAUUAUACUUUUAACAAACUUGUUCUGUUAUUCUGUCUUAUUAUUGAAAAUUAAAUUGUUAAUAAAACUAGUUAUUUUUAUAUAGCUCUUAUUCUAUUCUAUAAAUUGUUAGUUAUUUAAAAAAAAAAGUUUUGUUCUAACCAUUAGCAUGUUAAAAAA